CCCCCGCGCGCGCGCGCGCAUAGCCUGCCUUGCCAUGCCACAGUCGCUUUCCCCCCCUCCCUUAUCAGUUAUCACCCAGCCAAAAGCGAGGCCAGGGAGGGGUGGUGGGGACUCGGUCUUGUUCGUUUCCGCCGUCGGGUUUAUUCGCCGGGACCGCGGUUCCAUUGCUCUCUGCUUCUCUAGACACCGGCGGCCGUCGCCGUCCUCGCCAGCCAGUCCUACUCCUACCACUCGCCCGCUCGUCCGCGAGCGAGCUGAUGGGUUGCGUCGGUCGGCUCGGCUGAUUGGGUUCCGUCUUCCGUCCUCUCAAUCAUUCGGUUCCGCGACCUGGGGUCCUAAGACCUAAGCGUCGCGUCCGUCCAAGGCCACGGAGAGUCCUGGUGGCCGUGCGGGCACUGUGCGCCCGUGGAGGUGUCGUGUCUCGGUGCCCACACGACAACGACGCUCCUCUGCACCCCCGUCUCUACAAGUACCACCUGGCUGACUCCAGUUUCCCGACGCCAUUCCACGUAUCUCUUGUUUAGGCCGGGCUCGAGAGAGUUGGGCUCCGAAUCCUGGGUGGGUUUGGAGUUGGAGAAUCGCCUUCGUCGCUCGACCCAGAAAGAUUCGAUGCCUUCAGCCAUCUUGAUCCUGCCUGCCUGCGCGUGCCUAUCUGGUGAUGGUAUACGAAUCUGUUUAUGAGAUGGAGAGCCACAACCCAUCGCACUCUCAGAUCGCCGAAGUGACGAUGGACAUCGCAGCGUCAGCUUCUGGAGCGGCAGGGAGCAAGUUCUGCAAGGGCGCAGCCUGCGACUUCUCCGACGCCAGCAACUCCUCGAAGGACGCCAGGGAGAGGUCGGCGUCGAUGAGGAAGCUGAUAGUCGCGGUGGUCCUCUGCGUCGUAUUCAUGGCGGUGGAGGUGGUGGGGGGCAUCAAGGCGAACAGCCUGGCCAUCCUGACCGACGCGGCGCACCUCCUGUCGGACGUGGCGGCGUUCGCCAUCUCGCUGUUCUCGCUCUGGGCCGCCGGGUGGGAGGCGACGCCGCGGCAGUCGUACGGGUUCUUCCGGGUGGAGAUCCUCGGCGCCCUCGUCUCCAUCCAGCUCAUCUGGCUGCUCGCCGGCAUACUGGUGUACGAGGCCGUCGUGAGGCUCGUCGGCGAGAGCGGCGACGUGCGGGGGUCGCUCAUGUUCGCCGUGUCGGCGUUCGGGCUGGCCGUCAACGUUCUCAUGGCCGUGUUGCUGGGCCAUGACCACGGGCACGGCCACGGCCAUGGACAUGGACAUUCGCAUGACCAUGGCCACGGCCAUGGGGAUUCGGACGAUGGCCAUUCCCACCACGACGACGAGGAGCAAGAACAGGGCCGUGUCCAUCACCACGAGCACGGCCAUGGAGGCGCUAUCACUGUCACAACCCACCACCACCACCAUCAUCACGAUCACGAUGUUGAGGAGGCGCUGAUCAAGCAUGAGGGUACCCAGUCUGCUGGCAGAGCUGGUAAGAAGCCUCGGCGGAACAUCAACGUGCACAGCGCAUACCUCCACGUGCUCGGGGACUCCGUCCAGAGCGUCGGGGUCAUGGUGGGCGGGGCGAUCAUCUGGUACAAGCCGGAGUGGAAGGUCAUCGACCUCAUCUGCACGCUCGUCUUCUCGGUGGUGGUGCUGUUCACCACGAUCCGGAUGCUGCGCAGCAUCCUCGAAGUGUUGAUGGAGAGCACGCCCCGCGAGAUCGACGCCACCAGGCUGGAGAGCGGGCUCUGCGGGAUGGAGGGCGUGGUGGCCGUCCACGAGCUGCACAUCUGGGCCAUCACGGUGGGCAAGGUGCUGCUGGCGUGCCAUGUGACCAUCGCCAGGGAUGCGGACGCUGAUGAGAUCCUUGACAAGGUGAUCGGGUACAUCAAGACGGAGUACAACAUCAGCCAUGUGACCAUCCAGGUCGAGCGCGAGUAGGGAGCUCUGUCUUUGGCUGCUGUCUUGGGCAUAAAUGGCUGGCGCCAUUCGAGCUCUGGUGUGCUCGGUGGUGUUGUCUAUUGCUAGUCUAUUAGGCAGGCCGGGGGAAUUAUUUGCGUGGUGGUCGUCAGUCAGUCAGUCGGUGCAUAAACAAGGAUGAAAUUUUCGGUAAUGCUAUUGACAGCAUCGUGGUUCAUCGAACUGCAUAUUCUAGUACGCUGUGCCGUCACAUCUUGUGUAAGGUCACGUUUCUGUGCUGCGGUAUGGAAGAUGUGAAGUUCGUGGUUGGCAUGUUGCUAUUUGUUCUGAGCAUGCCUUGUCGUUUCAGUCGAAUGGACUUGUGGGAAAAAAAACUCGGCCAGAUGGUGGCGUGGAGGUACGCCUGUGGAUGGGUUAUAUCUAUAUUUAUUACUUUUA